AAUCUUAUUUCCAAUUGUAUUUUUAAUUUUAUUUCUGAUUUGGAUAUAUUUUUGCCACUUUCAACCCAUAGAGCAGGGCUUCCCUUUCCCGAAACCAGCUUGCAUGGAGCAGCCUGGAGAGCUUCCAACCCCCCCAGGGAUGCAAGAAGAAAAAACCCCCGGAGACCCCCUUGGAGCAGGAUGCACCCCGAGGAGAGCAAGGACUGAACCGAGCCCUACACAAGGAUGCACGGAAGGAAGGGGAGAGCCCGGCAUCGCCACCGGCAUCACGGCCGGCAAACGGGCAGGGAGCGGCUCCGAGGGCAUGCAGCCAGAGGCAGCUCCUGAGGCCGAGUGGAGGCUGGCAGAAGGCGAGGCCGUGAAGGCUGUGGCUCAUCUCAUCCCUCGUGGAGGGGACGUGAAAAUCCUCGAUGGCUCCAAAGCCCGGCGAGGGGCCGCUGCCAGGGAGAAGAAGUACGCAUGUGAGGAGUGCGGGAAGAGGUUUGGCCAGAGCUCCAACCUCAUCGUGCACCAGCGAAUCCACACGGGAGAGAAGCCCUACAGGUGCCACGAAUGUGGGAAGUGCUUCAGGCAGAGCUCCAACCUCAUUGUCCACCAGAAGACGCAUGCCGGGGAGAAGCUUUAUGAGUGCCCCAAGUGCCAGAAGUGCUUCCCAGACAGGUCGCUGCUCAUCAGACACAAGAGGAUCCAUGUGGGAGAAAAACCCUUUAAAUGCCAGCAGUGUGGGAAAAGCUUCAUCCACCGAUCGAGGCUUCUCGUCCACGAGAAGGUCCACACAGGAGAUCAGCUCUACCAGUGCCCCCAGUGCAGGAAGUGCUUCGGGGACAAGCCCAAGUUGCUGCAGCACCGGCGGCGGCACGUGGGCGAGAGGCGCUACAAGUGCUACGAGUGCAGAGCGGAGUUUGGCCAGAGCUCAGCCCUCAACCUCCACCAGAGGGUUCACGUGGAGGAGAAGCUCUACCAGUGCUCGACGUGCGAGAAGUGCUUCAAGGACAGGUCGACGCUCAUCAGGCACGAGACGGUGCAUACUGGGGAGAAGCCCUACAAGUGCCACGAGUGUGGGAAGAGGUUCACCAGGAGCUCCGAUAUCAUCGUCCAUCAGCGGACGCACACGGGCGAGAAGCCCUUCGAGUGCCCCGAGUGCGGCAAGAGCUUCAGCCACAGGUCAAAUCUUUUCCGGCACCAGAGGAUGCACACGGGGGAGAAGCCCUACAAGUGUGAAGAAUGCGGGAAGCGAUUCGGGCAGAGCUCGGAGCUCAUCGUCCACCAGCGCACGCACACGGGGGAGAAGCCCUACCACUGCUCGGAGUGCGAGAAGUUCUUUCGGGGGAGAUCAACGCUUUUCAGGCACGAGAGGCUGCACACAGGGAUUAAACCCUAUGAGUGCUCUGAGUGCGGGAAGAGCUUCGGGCAGAGCGGGGACCUGAUCGCCCACCAGCGCUUCCACACCGGUGAGAAGCCCUACCAGUGCGGCGAGUGCGGGAAGUUCUUCAGCAACCGGUCGAGCCUCGUUCGGCACCAGAGGCUGCACGCCGGGGAGAAGCCCUACAAGUGCCACGAGUGUGGGAAGAGCUUCGGGCAGAGCUCGGACCUCAUCGCCCACCAGCGCACGCACACGGGCGAGAAGCCCUACCCGUGCCCAGUGUGUGGGAAGAGCUUCAGCAGGAGGUCCAACCUCCUCGUGCACCAGCGAGUGCACGGAAGGGACAGGCUCUGCAAAUGCCGGCAGUGCGGGAGAAGCUUCCAGCAGAACCCACAGCUCGCCCCGCAGCAGAACUCACCUCGGUGCCCCGAGUGUGCAAAGUGGUUUGAGGAGGGGUCAAAGUCUGGUGAACACCAGAGAUAGCACUGGGGAGAAAAACUCUGUAAGCACCCAGAGUUCUGGAUCGGGGCAAGACAUCACGUCGCAGAAAAGAAAAAAUAGUGCUUUGCCUAGGUAUUAUUCCAUCUUUCCACCUUUGCAGUCUUCAGGAAAAAUAAAAAACACCACAAAACACAUAAAUGACUUAAAGUAGGCUGAUGAGAGUAAAUAAUAUAAUUACUGUUUUUUUUUUUUUUUCUUCUAAUUAUUUCUUAUUACUGAGUUUGCUUCAAGGGCUUGAUGUGUGUUGAUCCACUCACUCCCAUCUCCCCCAGUCAAACCAUCUUGUUCUGGGGCUCAGGCUGUCUGUCCAUCCCAGCACCUGGCUUCAAAGCUCUUAAAUCCUGUGGUGUUCCCCAGGCUGGGGCAUCCGCCCUGGGCAUCAGCACCCUGAGAUACCAUAGAAAUCCGUCUUCCCAUGCACAUCAUUCCCUCCCCACUAUAUGUAUUUAACCUCAGUAAUAAUAAUAAAGCCCUCUGUUCCUAA